CCGUCUAGGCAAUUUGAAGCUUCUCUUCUCUCUUUUUCUAGGGUUCGGUUUGGAUCUUGCUUCUCGGAAUCUCUUGAUCGUCGCAGCUCUGUAGAAGAAUGGUGAGAGGAUUGGUCAACAAGCUUGUAUCUCGCUCUCUCAACGUCGCCGGAAAAUGGCAGCAACAGCAGCUCCGCCGUCUCAACAUUCACGAGUAUCAGGGGGCUGAGUUGAUGAGCAAAUAUGGAAUCAAUGUUCCAAAAGGAGUUGCUGUCGGUUCUAUUGAAGAAGUUAGGAAGACUAUUCAGGAUGUGUUUCCUAAGGAAAAUGAGUUGGUGGUAAAAAGCCAAAUUCUUGCAGGUGGGCGAGGCUUGGGAACAUUCAAAAGUGGUCUUAAGGGUGGAGUUCACAUUGUUAAGACUGACCAGGUUGAGGAGCUAGCUGGCAAGAUGCUAGGCCAGAUCCUUGUCACCAAACAAACUGGCCCCCAAGGCAAAGUUGUCAGCAAGGUUUACUUGUGUGAAAAGAUGUCACUUGUCAAUGAGAUGUACUUUGCUAUCACUCUGGAUCGUUCAUCUGCGGGUCCAAUCAUAAUUGCAUGUAGAAAGGGAGGAACCAGCAUCGAAGACCUUGCAGAGAAAUUCCCUGACAUGAUUGUCAAGGUACCUAUUGAUGUUUUUCAAGGAAUUACAGAUGAAGAUGCUGCUAAGGUUGUAGAUGGUUUGGCUCCCAAGGUGGCAGAUAGAAAUGCUUCGAUAGAGCAAGUGAAGAAAUUAUAUAAGCUAUUUUGUGAAUGUGACUGCACACUAUUGGAAAUCAAUCCCAUCGCAGAGACUUCAGAUAACCAAUUAGUAGCUGCUGAUGCAAAGUUGAACUUUGACGAUAAUGCUGCUUUUCGUCAGAAACAUAUAUUUGCUCUUCGUGAUGCAACACAGGAGGAUCCUCGAGAGGUGGCUGCUGCCAAAGCAGAUUUGAACUACAUCGGCUUAGAUGGAGAAAUUGGUUGCAUGGUGAAUGGUGCUGGCUUAGCAAUGGCUACCAUGGAUAUAAUCAAGCUACAUGGGGGAACUCCUGCCAAUUUUCUAGAUGUUGGAGGAAAUGCUUCUGAAAGUCAGGUGGUGGAAGCAUUCAAAAUAUUGACUGCUGAUGAUAAGGUCAAAGCAAUUUUAGUGAACAUUUUUGGAGGAAUAAUGAAAUGUGACAUAAUAGCAAGUGGAAUUGUUAAUGCUGCUAAAGAGGUUUCACUAAAAGUACCGGUGGUUGUUCGGCUUGAAGGCACCAAUGUUGACCAAGGAAAAAGAAUUCUGAAGGAAAGUGGAAUGGCAUUGAUAACAGCAGAAGAUCUGGAUGAUGCAGCUGAGAAAGCCGUUAAAGCAUCAGGAACCUGUUGAGGAUGCCACUGUUGGUCCCUUACCUGAGUUACAUUUUUAUUUGGCUUGAGUUUGAUUCUUUUUUGGUAAAUCCAAUCUGAUUUGGUUGCAUGUUUCUGUGGAAAACACGCAUAGACAUUAGUUUCAACCAAAUGGUACAAUACGGAAACUGAUAACGAGAAAAAGAUCCAAUGGGAGCUGUAAUUGUUCCCAAAGCAUUUUUGAAUAAGCCUGGCCCCUUAUCUCCAUUAUAAAGGGGAAUUCUUCUGUUCAUGUUCUA